UCUUACAUGUUCUCCGUAAUGGCAUUUUUGUCUUUAUCCGUGUGAGCCCGUCUCUAAUUCCUCGACUGAGCCGCGGCUGCCGGGCUCCGGGAGCGAUUGGAUCACGGUCCCUACCGAAGGAGCCUCGAAUUGCGGCUCGGCUUGCCCCAAAAUCAAGAACCUGCCGACUGUCCAAUCAGAAGGCAAAUAACUAAUAUGCAAAUAUAAUGUGUCAUCAUCACGCUGGCGGUGCUGGAGCCGCUGAGGUAGCCAGCCCUGGUGGAACUAAAAAAAAAAAGAAACUUCGCAAAUAACUGUUUGGAAAUUAUUCCUUUUUAAUCUCUGUAUGGGGGAAGCCAGUUUUCACAGGGUCAUGUUGAGCUACUGCAUGCCAUUGCUUUGAUUGCCUGUAUGAAUGGAGCUGUCCUGGAUUCUCUGGUGAUUCAGUCUUGAGAAACAGGUUGCUUGUACCCUCGGGAGUAGCUGUGCUGAGCCUCGAGGCGACAGGAUGACGGAUCCCAUGAUGGACUUUUUCGAUGAUGCUAAUCUCUUCGGAGGGGGAUUGGAGGGGCUGGCGGACGACAGCUUUGCACAGACGGACCCGGUUUCUCUGGUGGAUGAGCUGGGCCUGGGCGCAGAGUUUGAGCCUCUGCAGGUGGAGCCUCUCGGCCAGGUGAAGCAGCCGGGGAACCCACCUUCCCAGCCCGGCCUCUGCUUUGAGCAGCAGAUGAGUCAAUUCGAGCCCUUGAAGGGUCACCACCACCACCACCGGCAGCAAGGGGGGCAGCCCUUCUCCAUCCCCAACGAAAGCACCAACAAUGGGCUUCCCCGGCACUCUCAGUACACUGCUUCCCCGCUGCACCAGCCAAGCCAGUCGAAUGGAUUGUUCCCAGACAUGGUGGAUGGAAGCCCGAUGUGGGGGAACCAGAAUGAAGCUCAAUUUCACCAAAACCACGGGAACCUCCAGUCUUUGCAACAGCAGCAGCAACACAGCAAAAGCUUUGCAGCACAUGAUGACUUUUCCUUAUUUCAGACCCUCCCCCCGCAGCAGCAACAGCAGCAGCACCGCCCUCCUCACGCGCUACAGCGGCAACAACAACAGCAGCAACCAUUGCUCAACAAAAACAGCCCGUUUAACCCUGGUGGACAGGAGGCUAUGAGCCAGUCUAGCUCCUUUCUGGAAGUUCACAGCUCCUCGCCCGUGGGCAACGUCCACCAGCCAGACAGGCUGUCGAGCCGCCCGGCUCCGUGUCAGACCCCCCCGGCUGUUUCUGUGCACCACUUCUCCAACCCUGUGGCGAGCGUGUCCCUGUCUUUCCCGGGACAGUCGUCGUCCUCCACCUUGAACCUGCCUGCUUGCUCCGUGAAUGCCAGCUCUCUGUUCCCACCUGCUCAGUGUUCCUUCUCCGGCACCUCAAACGGGGGCACGCUGCUGUCUUCCACCCCUGGCAGUGGUCACUCCCUUGGUGUGUCCGACUUCCCUGGAGGGAACAGAGCCUUUCCGCUGAUGGCAGGGACCAACGGGGGAGCGUCGCUGCAGCCGAGUCGGUACCCGCAGGCUAUAAACCCCAGCUGUGAGAACGCUUUCCAAGCUAUGCAUUCGGGGCUGGGAAGCUUCAGCGGCUCUCCGAUGUCUACGGAAGACAUGGGCUGCUACCCAGCCGUGGUCAGCAGGUCCUCCGACACUCUGGGACACGCUAUCCCCCCUGCGGAACCCCCUCUAUCCAGCAGCAAUGGCUUCCCCACGCUGGAGGAGCACUUGCUCCAGCAGGUGCAGAGUCACAGCGAGGCAUUUCCAGAGCUGGACACGGACGGCCUCUUGGAGGAAGACCUGCUGCCCCAGUUUGAGGCUGCCUUUGGCCCACAGGAUCCUAGUUGCAUGCAGGAGGAGACGCAGGUCGAUUCAGGUUCCAACAACUCCUGGCCAGAUGAGGGUGGCUUGCCAGGGGACUUCCAGCAACAGCCCCCUUCCUCGAAGAACACUAAUGGUUCAGGCUCCCAGUCCAAGCUGCACAGCCCCCACGUGAGGAGCAGCCCGGUUCACUCUGAGAGGAGGCUGAAGAAGGCAGCAGCGGCGACGGCUGUGAUGAUGGAGGUCCUCGUGGAGGACAAGCAGGAGAAGGCCAACCGCAUCAUCUCGGAGGCCAUCGCCAAGGCGAAGGAGCGCGGGGAGAAGAACAUCCCGCGCGUCAUGAGCCCCGAGAGCUUCCCUAGCUCCUCCAGCGAGGCCCGGCAGGAGCGCAAGGCGGCACGCCGGCUCAAAUCCAAACCCAAACCCAAGGACAAGCUCUCCAGGAAGGCCAAGAGCGGCCCGUCCUCUAAAUCCAAACAGAAGACUAAAAUCGGCUCCCCCUACUCGAAGAGGGACAGCAGCAGCAGCAGCAGCAGCAGCAAGCUUCCCCACUGCCGCAGCCUGUCGGUGAGCGGCGCUGGUACGAUGACCCCCAAGCCUACAGUAUUGAGACCCAUAAACUCAACGAGCUCCCCGCACAAAAAAAUUAUCAUCAAAUUUGGUAAGAAGAAGAAGAGGAAGAGUGAGUCCUCGGAUGAAGCGUCGGACAGCGAGCCGACCCCGCGGCGCUUCUCAAAGGACUCAGACUCGAAGAGAAGAUCUAAUCGGCAAGUGAAAAGAAAAAAAUACGCAGAAGAGGGAGAGUGCAAGAUAUCAGACGAGGAGAAGAAAGUGACGUUGAAAGUGAAGAGGACCGGCCCUGCACCCCGCAAGGACCACGCUCUGCAGCUGUUCGUGGAGAACCCGAGUGAAGAAGAUGCAGCGGUAGUUGAUAAAAUCAUGUCUUCGAGGAGAGUGAAAAAAGAGGUCACGCCAGGAGUGAUGGCUGAAGUUGAAGAGUUUUACGUAAAAUACAAGAACUACUCCUAUUUGCAUUGUGAAUGGGCCACAGAACAACAGCUCUUAAAGGACAAGAGGAUUCAUCUGAAGAUUAAACGAUUCAAGAUUAAACAAGCACAGAGGGCCCACUUCUUUGCCGAUAUGGAGGAGGAUCCCUUCAACCCAGACUAUGUUGAGGUAGAUAGAGUGCUAGACGUCUCCUACUGUGAGGACAAGGACACAGGCGAGCCUUUGAUUUAUUACCUGGUGAAGUGGAGCUCGCUGCCUUAUGAAGACAGCACUUGGGAGCUGAAGGAAGACGUUGACCAGUUUAAAAUCGAGGCGUUUGAACUACUGCAGGCAGCCAGAGCAGACCCUCGAAGAAGGGAGCGACCUCCAGCCAACAUGUGGAAGAAAAGAGAGGAAUCCAGGGAGUAUCAAAACGGAAACCAGCUCAGGGACUACCAGCUUGAAGGAGUGAACUGGCUUCUCUUCAACUGGUACAACAGACGAAACUGUAUUCUUGCUGACGAAAUGGGCCUCGGCAAGACCAUCCAGUCCAUCACAUUCCUUGAAGAAAUCUACCUGACGGGAAUCCGGGGGCCCUUCCUGAUCAUCGCCCCCCUGUCCACCAUCGCAAACUGGGAGCGGGAGUUCAGGACCUGGACCCACCUCAACGUUAUCGUCUACCACGGCAGCAUGAUCAGCCGGCAGAUGCUGCAGCAGUACGAGAUGUACUGCAGGGAUUCCCAGGGCCGCGUGGUUCGUGGAGCGUACAAGUUCCAGGCCAUCAUCACCACGUUCGAAAUGAUCCUCGGGGGCUCCCCGGAGCUGAACGCCAUUGAGUGGCGCUGUGUGAUCAUCGACGAGGCUCACAGGCUGAAGAACAAGAACUGCAAAUUACUGGAGGGGUUCAAGCUCAUGAAUCUGGAGCACAAGGUGCUGCUAACAGGAACCCCGCUGCAGAACACAGUGGAGGAGCUCUUCAGCUUGCUGCACUUCCUCGAGCCAUCCCACUUCCCCUCCGAAUCCACCUUCAUGCAGGAAUUCGGAGACCUCAAGACCGAGGAACAGGUCCAGAAGCUCCAGGCCAUCCUGAAGCCCAUGAUGCUGCGGCGGCUGAAGGAGGACGUGGAGAAAAAGCUGGCUCCCAAGCAGGAGACCAUCAUCGAGGUGGAGCUCACCAACAUCCAGAAGAAGUACUACCGAGCCAUCCUGGAGAAGAACUUCUCCUUCUUGUCGAAAGGCGUGGGCCAGGCCAACGUCCCAAACCUGUUGAACACCAUGAUGGAGCUGAGGAAGUGCUGCAACCACCCCUACCUCAUCAAAGGGGCGGAGGAGAAAAUCCUGGAAGAUUUCCGUGAGAUAUACAGCCCGGCUUCCCUGAACUUCCACCUGCAGGCGAUGAUCCAGUCCGCAGGGAAGCUGGUCCUCAUCGACAAGCUGCUUCCCAAGAUGAAGGCCGGGGGUCACAAGGUGCUCAUCUUCUCCCAGAUGGUGCGCUGCCUGGACAUCCUGGAGGACUACCUCAUCCAGAGGAGGUACCUGUACGAGCGGAUCGACGGCAGGGUGCGGGGGAACCUGAGGCAGGCAGCUAUCGAUCGAUUCAGCAAGCCCGACUCGGACCGCUUUGUGUUCCUGCUGUGCACCAGGGCUGGCGGGCUGGGGAUCAACCUGACUGCAGCCGAUACCUGCAUCAUCUUCGACUCGGACUGGAACCCCCAGAACGACCUGCAGGCUCAAGCACGCUGUCACAGGAUUGGUCAGGACAAGGCGGUGAAGGUGUACAGGCUGAUCACCCGCAACUCCUAUGAGAGGGAGAUGUUCGACAGAGCCAGCCUGAAGCUGGGCUUGGACAAGGCUGUGCUACAGAGCAUGAGCGGGAGAGAGAACAGCGCAGGGGGGCAGAUGCAGCAGCUCUCCAAGAAGGAGAUUGAGGACUUGCUGCGGAGAGGGGCCUAUGGGGCCAUCAUGGACGAGGAGGACGAAGGGUCCAAGUUCUGCGAGGAAGAUAUCGACCAGAUCCUGCAGCGGCGAACCAAAACCAUCACCAUAGAGUCGGAGGGGAGGGGCUCCACUUUUGCAAAAGCCAGUUUCGUGGCGUCCGGGAACAGGACAGACAUCUCUUUGGAUGAUCCAAACUUCUGGGACAAGUGGGCUAAGAAAGCAGAGAUUGAUAUGGAGGCCCUCAAUGACAGAAACAGCCUGGUGAUCGACACCCCGAGAGUGAGGAAGCAGACCCGACCCUUCAGCGCCACGAAGGAGGAGCUGGCACAGUUAUCAGAGGGGGAGAGCGAGGGCGACGACAAGCCCAAACUGCGCCGGCCGCACGACCGCCUCAGCGGCUACGGCAGGACCGAGUGCUUCCGGGUCGAGAAGAACCUGCUGGUUUAUGGGUGGGGCCGCUGGAGAGACAUCCUGCAGCACAGCCGCUUCAAGAGGCAGCUGAACGAGCACGACGUGGAGGUCAUCUGCCGGGCGCUUCUCUCCUACUGCCUGCUGCACUACCGAGGCGACGACAAGAUCAAGAGCUUCAUGUGGGAUCUGAUCGCUCCCAACGAGGACGGCCAGACCAGGGAGCUGCAGAACCACCUCGGGCUCUCUGCUCCAGUUCCCAGGGGCCGCAAAGGGAAGAAGAUGAAGACUCAGCCCAGCACUUUUGACAUCCAGAAAGCAGAGUGGCUGCGCAAACACAACCCAGAACAGCUGCUGCAGGACGAGGGCUAUAAGAAGCACAUCAAACACCACUGCAACAAGGUGCUGCUUCGGGUGAGGAUGCUGUAUUACCUGAAGCAGGAGGUAAUAGGAGACCAUUUCCAGAAGGUGAUUGACGGGGCUGAUUCCAGCGAGAUUGACAUGUGGGUUCCAGAACCGGACCACUCUGAGCUCCCUGCUAACUGGUGGGAUGCGGAUGCCGACAAGAAUCUCCUGCUUGGCGUCUUUAAGCAUGGUUAUGAAAAGUAUAGCACCAUAAGAGGAGACCCGGCCCUGAGCUUUUUGGAGCGAGUGGGCAAGCCUGACGAGAAGGCAAUCGCCGCGGAGCAGAGGGCCAACGACUACAUGGAUGGAGACGGUGACGACCCCGAAUACAAACCGGCUCCAGCGCUGCUGAAGGAUGAGAUGGAGGAUGAUGCCUCGUCCCCUGGAGAGCUGAUCAUUGCAGAUGGUAACGGAGAUGGGCAGAUGAUGAUGAUGAUGGAAGGUGACACAAUAUACUGGCCCCCUCCCUCUGCCUUAACCACUCGCCUGCGUCGACUCAUCACAGCCUACCAGCGCAACACCAAGAACAGGCAGAUCCAGCAAAUCCAGCAAAUCCAGCAGGUGCACCCAGUGCAGCCCAGCGCCCUGCACCCUGCGCACCAGGAGCCCAUCAACCCCAAGAUAGCAGCAAAGAUAGAGCGACAGCAAAGGUGGACCAGACGAGAAGAGGCCGAUUUCUACAGAGUGGUGUCCACGUUCGGAGUGGUGUUCGACCCAGAGCAGGGCCGCUUCGACUGGACCAAGUUCCGCGCCAUGGCCAGGCUGCACAAGAAGACGGACGAGAGCUUGCAGAAGUACCUGUGUGCUUUCUCAGCCAUGUGCCGGAGGGUCUGCCGUCUUCCCCCCAAGGAUGGAGAACCUGUGGACCCGUCCAUCUCUAUCCAGGAGAUCACGGAAGAGCGAGCCUCGCGCACACUGUACCGCAUCGAGCUCCUGCGCAAGGUCAGGGAGCAGGUGUUGCGGCACCCCCAGCUCUACGAGCGGCUACAGCUGUGCCACCCCAGCCAGGACCUGCCUGUGUGGUGGGAAACGGGCACGCACGACCGGGACCUUCUGAUUGGCGCAGCCAAGCAUGGGGUCAGCCGCACGGACUACCACAUCCUCAGAGACCCCGAGCUGAGCUUCAUGAUGGCCCAGAGAAACUACAGCCAGAACAAAGGGUUGCAGUCCAGGAUCCCCACACCCCUCCUGCAGCAACAGCAGCAGCAUCAGAUGGGCCUGGCUGGGUCUCCCCUCACCCUGCAGCCCAGGUUAGAGGACCCCAAGGCAGGUCAGCCGGAGGACUCCCGACAAAAAGGGGAAAGAACUGACCGGCUCAAAGAGGAGCCACACACGUCCGAGGAGGAAGGGUUUGGGUCAGCAGGGGAAUCCAAGGUCAAACUGGAGCCCUGGAGCCCGCAGGGAGACGCCUGUGUGUCCCUGGGUGUGCUGGACAGCAAGGAAGAGGGAGAGAGGCGCAUGGUGGCAGCCAGGACUGAACCCCUAACUCCCAGCUCCGUAGUGAAGAAGCAAAAGCGCAGCAGCAAGAGGGGGCGAGGCGGGGGUGGGGGGUCUGACUCGGACUCUGAUGGCUCGUCCUCCUCCUCGCGCUCCUCCUCUUCCUCUUCGUCUUCCUCGUGCUCUCGGUCUGGCUCCAGCUCCUCCUCCUCCUCCUCCUCUUCCUCCUCAUCCUCCUGCUCGUCAGGAUCCUCCUCUUCGUCAUCCUCCUCCUCUUCCUCCUCAGAAGACAGCGACAGCGACUCCGAGGACAGAAAGGAGAACGCUGAAGUCACCCCUGUAGUGAAAGGUUUCGAUGAAGACAGCGUGGCGUCGCUCAGCACUACCCACGACGAGACUCAGGACAGCUUCCUCACUGAUAACGGGGCACCCAGCUCCGCACACGUCUUUCAGGGCGGCUACAUGCUCGCUGCCUCCUACUGGCCUAAGGAUCGGGGGAUGAUCAAUCGCCUGGACAGUAUUUGCCAGGCAGUGCUGAAAGGGAAAUGGCCCACAGCCAGGAAGAGCUACGAAGGCACUGCCGUGGCCUCCUUUUACACCACCAAGCUCCUGGACAGCCCAGGCGCGGACGCAGGGCUCCAGGGGCUCCCAGCUCCCCGGGAUGAGCUGGCUCUGUCGUCUCAGAUGUCAAAGGUGAAGAAGCAUGUUCGAGAAAAGGAGUUUACAGUGAAAAUCAAUGACCAGGAAGGUGGCUUGAAGCUGACUUUCCAGAAGCAGGCCCCCCCCCAGAAGAGGCCCUUGGACAGCGAGGAGGGCCCCCUGGGGCAGCAGCAGUACCUGGCUCGCCUGCAGGAGCUGCAGAGCGCCUCGGACACCAGCCUGGCCGACUUUUCCAAGUCUCUGCCCGCUACAGCAGCAGCAGCCUCUAGCCACCUUAGACCUAACGGAGUACUGGAUGGCCAGCCUGCUGUGAAGAAGAGGAGAGGCAGGCGGAAGAACGUAGAGGGCAUGGACCUGCUCUCCAUGACCAAGAACAAGCCAGCUCCCAACCAUCUCAGCCCAGGCGAUGGCAAUGGCUCUAAGGACAGCUCCUGUGUGAACCCGGCACUGGCACUCAACCAGCCUCCAGGAGCGCUGGACAUGGAGAUCAGAGUCCCGGUGAUUAACCUGAAGGAUGGGACGCGGCUCGCUGGGGACGAUGCACCCAAGAAGAAGGAUCUGGAGAAGUGGCUGAAGGACCACCCAGGAUAUGUAGCAGACGUGGGAGCAUUCAUUCCUGGACUUGGUAAAAUGACAUUUCAAGACGGCAGACCCAAACAGAAGAGGCAUCGGUGUAGAAAUCCCAACAAGAUUGAUGUGAACAGCCUGACUGGAGAGGAAAGGGUGCAGGUCAUCAACCGGAGGAAUGCACGAAAGGUGGGAGGGGCAUUUGCUCCUCCACUGAAGAACUUGUGCAGAUUCCUGCAAGAGAACCGGGAGUAUGGAGUACCCCCUGAAUGGGCAGAGGUAGUGAAGCAUUCCGGCUUCCUUCCAGAAAGCAUGUUCGACCGCAUUCUCACGGGACCCGUGGUUCGCCAGGAGGCGAGCAGGCGAGGCCGGCGACCGAAGAGCGAUGUUUCCAACGCGGUCGCUGGGAACAGUGGCCCUGCGAUGCCUGUCAGCCCUCUGCUGACCAAUGGUCUGAUCUCAGGGAUGGACCUGUCCAGCCUGCAAGCCCUGCAGCAGAACCUCCAGAGCCUGCAGUCCUUGCAGCUGACCGCUGGUCUGAUGGGCCUGCCAGCCGGAGAUGCCAACAACCUGGCUGCCAUGUUUCCCAUGAUGCUCUCUGGCAUGACAGGGCUGCCCAACCUGCUGGGGAUGAGCGGCCUGCUGGGCACAUGCCCCGAGGGGCCUGGCACCGAGGACAGGAAGGCAAGCAGUGCCGACCCUUCUACAGCGGAAGCCAAGGGCGACAGGACAGAAGGUCCCCUGGCUGGCUCGGGAGAAGCCUCCAUGACCAACUCUCCUUCGACCUCCACUGCUGCUCCAUUAAGUGCUUCUGCUGUAGCCUCAGCAGCUGCAGCCUCAAACCACCCGCUGGCUCUUAACCCCUUGUUACUAUCCAGUAUGCUUUAUCCAGGGAUGCUACUCACACCAGGCCUUAAUCUUCCUGUUCCACCAGUGUCUCAGUCUAAUCUUUUUGACAUGCAGCAGAGUGCAAACAGUGACUCAAGUGCCGGGAAGGCCUCCGAAGGAGCAGCGCAGGAAAACCCGGACGAACCUCAGGAAGAGGAGAGCGGAGAGAGCGAGCGGGGGCUCGGCGGUGUGGACCCCCAGAGGGACAACAGCACAGAAGAGGGCUCCGAGAAAGGGGCUUCUUCUUCGUCGUCAGAGUCUGGAAGUUCAUCAUCUUCAUCAGAUGAUACGGACUCGAGCGAUUAAGACUGAGCCGAUGUGUGUGUAUGUGUGUGUGUAUAUAUAUAUAUAU